AUGGUCACCACCGACGAGGUGCCUAUCGAGUCGCGACAUUUGCAGACAUCGGGUUCGGUCUUCAGCAAAGGACAUAUCCGCUUGUGGUUGGACAUCAUGUACAACCAACGGCAGGUCCCAGCCUCAGUUUCUGAGCUCCUUUGGGGGCUCACCAUUGUGAUGGUCCCACUAUGGUCCCGCUAUUUCUGGGUCAUCGCGUAUUUUGCUGGCCUUUUUGGCCAUGGAAUGGCACCGAUGUGA